UAAUUUUUCAUGAGAAGUGAGAACCAACCAAAACCCUAAACCCUCCUCAACAGCCAGACACUCAUAUAAACCUCUCAAACCCACUUUCUAACAUUUGCCUCUUUCCAUUUUCAUUCCGAUCCAUCAAUUUUCUGCAAUGGCUGCCGCCGCCGUCCUCCGUUCCCUCCGCCGCCGCGACGCCGCAUCUACCUCUUUGUCCGCCUUUCGCUCGUUGGCGGGUGGCGCUAAGCCAGCAUAUGUAGCUCAUAAGUGGUCAAGCUUGUGUCGACCUUUCAGUUCUAGGCCUGCUGGAAAUGACGUCAUCGGUAUCGAUUUGGGUACAACCAAUUCGUGUGUUUCUGUUAUGGAAGGAAAGAACCCAAAAGUUAUUGAAAAUUCCGAAGGUGCUCGAACAACACCAUCCGUGAUUGCUUUCAACCAGAAAGGGGAGUUGCUUGUAGGUACACCUGCAAAGCGUCAGGCAGUAACCAACCCGACAAACACACUUUUUGGUACCAAGCGGUUGAUUGGUAGGCGCUUUGACGAUCCUCAAACACAGAAGGAGAUGAAAAUGGUUCCCUACAAGAUUGUUAAGGCCCCAAAUGGAGAUGCAUGGGUUGAGGCCAAUGGCCAGCAGUAUUCCCCCAGCCAAAUUGGUGCCUUUGUUCUCACCAAGAUGAAGGAAACAGCAGAAGCUUAUCUUGGGAAGACAGUUUCCAAGGCUGUAGUUACUGUACCAGCUUACUUCAAUGACGCUCAGAGGCAGGCAACAAAAGAUGCUGGUAGAAUUUCAGGUCUUGAUGUGCAGAGAAUUAUCAAUGAGCCCACUGCUGCAGCACUUUCAUAUGGAAUGAACAACAAAGAGGGUCUCAUUGCAGUUUUUGACCUUGGAGGUGGAACAUUUGAUGUCUCCAUCUUAGAAAUUUCGAAUGGUGUUUUUGAGGUGAAAGCAACAAAUGGUGACACAUUCUUGGGUGGAGAGGAUUUUGACAAUGCAUUACUGGACUUCCUGGUAAGCGAGUUUAAGAGGACUGACAAUAUUGACCUUUCAAAGGACAGGCUUGCCUUGCAGAGACUUCGUGAAGCUGCUGAGAAAGCUAAGAUAGAACUGUCUUCAACAUCUCAAACAGAAAUAAAUCUUCCUUUCAUCACCGCAGAUGCAUCUGGUGCUAAGCAUCUGAACAUCACAUUGACCAGAUCCAAGUUUGAGGCUUUGGUGAAUCACUUGAUUGAAAGGACUAAGGCACCAUGCAAGAGUUGCCUGAAGGAUGCCAAUAUAUCUAUCAAGGAUGUCGACGAGGUUCUUCUUGUUGGAGGGAUGACCCGUGUGCCUAAAGUCCAAGAAGUGGUUUCAGCUAUCUUUGGAAAGUCUCCAAGCAAAGGAGUAAAUCCUGAUGAGGCAGUUGCCAUGGGAGCGGCAAUCCAGGGUGGUAUCCUACGUGGAGAUGUUAAAGAGCUGCUGUUACUUGAUGUUACACCACUUUCUUUGGGUAUUGAGACUUUGGGUGGCAUAUUUACCAGGUUGAUUAACCGCAACACUACUAUCCCAACAAAAAAGAGUCAGGUGUUUUCAACAGCAGCUGACAACCAAACACAGGUGGGUAUCAAGGUGCUGCAAGGUGAGAGGGAAAUGGCCGCAGACAACAAAAUGCUUGGAGAAUUUGCUGCCAAAGACAAGUCAACUGGUAAGGAACAACAAAUCACAAUCCGAUCAUCCGGUGGACUCUCAGAUGAUGAGAUUGAGAAGAUGGUUAAAGAAGCGGAAUUGCAUGCUCAGAGAGACCAAGAAAGAAAGGCUCUCAUUGACAUCAGAAACAGCGCUGAUACUACCAUCUACAGCAUUGAGAAGAGUUUAGGGGAAUACAGGGAAAAGAUUCCCAGUGAAGUGGCCAAGGAAAUUGAGGACGCAGUUUCAGAUCUAAGAAAGGCAAUGUCAGGAGACAAUGUUGAUGAGAUUAAGGCAAAGCUUGAUGCCGCAAACAAGGCGGUCUCCAAGAUUGGUGAGCACAUGUCAGGUGGGUCAAGUGGCAGCUCAUCUGCUGGAGGUUCUCAGGGUGGUGAGCAGGCUCCCGAGGCAGAAUACGAGGAGGUGAAAAAGUGAACCAAGUAGUGUUUUGUAGGCAGUUAUUCCAUCUGAUUUUUUAUCCCUCGAUUUACAGGUGAACAAAUGAAUCAUCUUUUUGAUUUAGUAGGAGAGAGUAUAAAAGGUUACGUAAUUUUGUAACUAAUUAUUGGAGGUAACUUUUUACCCGGAGUGUUUUCAAUUUGUAGUGCUGAUUCACGCUGUUUGAAUAACGAUAUUGGCAAUUUUGCCUGGUGUUUUUUGUUCUC